AAGAUGCAGAGGUAGAAAGGCAGACUCAAAACUACAGUGAGGCAAAACACCCACUUCAAAAGUAGUGAAGAGAGUGUAUUUAGUGAUUGCAAUGAAACAAUAAACAAACAAACAAACAAACAACAUAAUCCUGCUCAUUUUAGACUAGACCAGAAAUGGGCUACAUAGCCAGUUUAAAAGUUGACGUUAAAAAAAAUAUUUUCAUCUUUCUCCAAAUAUUGGUGCGUGUGUGUGUGUAUAUAUAUAUAUAUGACAUCAUGUAUAGCAACAACCCCCUUUGUUUGAAUCACGUCCAUGAACUGUAGCAGUCAGACCAGGCUGUACCAACUCAGGAGCAGAAACUGUUUGGGGGGCAGCAACUACAGUAUGGCCCAGACUCCAAAACUAGAACUAGGUUCCUGUUGCCAACAUACAGAAAAGUUCCUUGAUUCCUAAAAAAGUAUUCCUGGAAAAGUUCCUGCGGUCGAAAAAGACAAUAAGGUUCAUACUAUACAAGACAAGUGAUGGGAGUUUGGUACAGAAAAGAAUAAAGAUGACGGACAUGCACCAAAUUUAAAGCACAGUCACAUAUCAGAUCUCUUAAUAGGGUAGGGAAGCAACACAACCUUAGAAAAAUGGGGCGUCUGUCAGUGGGGAAACUAACUGAGACAGAAAGCAGACCUCGUCCUGUUGGCUGGACAGCAAAUGUGUUCUUUCAUCUUUCCACACAAACAACACUAUGUGGAGCUAUGACCUGACAACUGUGCUACUGCGCACUAACUGAACACUAAACAAUUGCUAAUUGGCUGAUAUCUGAAAAGUGUCAAAUAACUUUUCAUGAAAAGCUUAUGGUAGUAAUUUUCUCUGGUCUGGAAAAACAUAAAACAACACUCCCGCUGUUUGAAUUCUUUUUGUUACCCUCUGUAAACAAAGAAGCUCUUUUCAACUUCUAACUCUUAAGGUUGUGUAUUCUUGCAGGGAGGCCUGGAGGGACUUGGAGGGAGCACUAGAAGCUGUCCAUCAAUCCAUCUAACCGGCCAGCAGCAAUGCAUUGGCUGAUGUGGAGCCUGUGCGCCCUGCUCUGCCUCUCCCUCUGGGAGGAAAGUUACUGCAGGAGCUCCAGGGAAGCCCGGAGGACCAAAGAGCCAUCUCUCCGCAGAAGUAAAAGAGCUCCUCCGGAUCCUGAUGCCAAGAAGUGUUCCUACACCUUCCUGGUGCCUGAGCAGAGAAUCACAGGUCCAAUCUGUGCCAGCACCACAGGCCCUGAGCCAGACAAGGACAGAGUGACCCGUAUGGACAUUGCAGAUGUGCGGGAGGUGCUCAGCAAACAGCGGCGUGAGAUUGAGACGCUGCAGCUGGUGGUGGACGUGGAUGGUAACUUGGUUAAUGAGAUGAAGCUGCUGCGGAAAGAGAGCAGAAACAUGAACUCCAGGGUGACCCAACUCUAUAUGCAGCUGUUGCAUGAGAUCAUCAGGAAGAGAGACAACUCUCUGGAGCUGGCCCAGCUGGAGAACCGCGUCCUCAAUGUGACCUCUGAGAUGAUGCGACUGGCUUCGAGGUACAAGGAGCUGGAGGGCCGUUUUGCUACAAUGGCCGGGGUGGUCAACAACCAGUCUGUUCUCAUCUCCGCACUGGAGGAACAGUGUCUGAGGACCAUAGGACGCAGUGAGCUGCCCGCAGUUCCCCCGCUUGUACAGGUGGUACCUCAGAAUAUACCAGUUAACAAUCGUUUCACCAAUGAGAUACAGAGGGACAAUAACAACCGGGCCUUUCCCCGGGGAUCACGCAUGGACUCCCCCACUGCAAGCCCAUUUGGGAUCUACCCUCCACCACCACAGGGAACACUUACCUCAGAUGGUCCCUUCAAAGACUGUUACCAGGUGCGACAGGCAGGUCACACCACCAGUGGGAUGUACCUGCUUAAGACGGAAGGCAGCGACCGGCUGAUCCAAGCCUGGUGUGAACAUGGCCUUGACAAUGGAGGAUGGACCGUGUUGCAAAGGAGGAGAGAUGGCUCUGUGAACUUCUUUCGGAAUUGGGAGAACUACAAAAGAGGCUUUGGAAACAUAGAUGGUGAACACUGGCUUGGGCUCGACAAUAUCUACAACCUGGGGAAACAGGGUGACUAUAAGCUGAUGAUAGAGCUGGAGGACUGGACAGGGAAGAAGGUGUACGCUGAGUACAGCAGCUUCCACCUGGAGGCAGAGAGCGAGGGGUAUCGGCUGAGGCUGGGCACCUACCAGGGCAAUGCUGGGGACUCCUUCACCAGUCACAACGGCAAACAGUUCACCACGCUUGAUCGCGACAAGGAUGCUUUUUCUGGUAAUUGCGCCCACUUCCAUAAGGGUGGCUGGUGGUACAAUGCUUGUGGCCAGACCAACCUGAAUGGUGUGUGGUACAGCGGGGGAGUUUAUCGCAGCAAAUUUCAGGAUGGAAUCUUCUGGGCAGACUAUGGAGGAGGUUUCUACUCUCUCAAGUCAGUCCGCCUCAUGAUCCGACCAAUUGACUGAAAACUUGGACUGUGGUGUGGACCUUUGACCUCCUUCCUUAUCUUUAUCUACCCAUAAAUAAAUACUGUAAAGGCACAACGAGAGAUCUCCGCCAUCAUUCAGCUGUGCCUUGUAAGAGCUGGAGGAGGAAGAGACGAUGGCAUGUGUUUAUGGCCAGACAAUAAUGACUCCAGCAGUCUGCGCAGGGGCUAGCUCCCAAGUUGACUUUAACGUUGAGAUGAAGACUGAUACCAUUGCCCUCCUCCACCUUUCAGUCUGGACAGUAAUGGUCCAUCAAGCUCCCUGGGACCAUUCAGUAUUACUCUCAAGUGUCUAUUUUACUCACUCUUGUUGAAACUCAGUAUGUAAUAAAGGGAAAUGGUCAUUUACUAAAGACAUGAGAUUUCUUCUGAGCAGCUAAUGGUGACUUAUUGAAGCCCCCCUCCCAAGGGCUAUUGGAUGUACUGGGAUGUUUCACCUUACUAGCAUGAAAAAUUAUGCAAUUACAGUUCCGAGUGUUGCCAAUUAGAAUACCUGCCAGUCAAAUGGUUAGAAGACAGGCCUUACAAAACCUGCUGUCUUGUGCUACUUUUUUAUAGGUUUUGUUUGAACUUCUGGGGUUUCUCUUCAACCCCCCCAACAGAAAAUGAACUUGUGCAACAAUGUGCUUGUCCAAUAUGCAUAUGGCUGAGCUGGCUUUGGUAUGUAAAUAUCGUUGGCUUUAUUUGUGAAAGUUAAUUUAAGAGGUGUGAAUCUACUCAGGCCAAAUGUUCACAAUGUUGUCACUCUGCCAUUCUUUGUUAUUUAUCGGUGUAUUUAUAGUAAGUAUAGUCAUGGCCAUUUUCUAUAUAGCCCUGUAAUGGUACAGUUGUAAUAAAUUUUAUCCUAUUUAGAGACACAUUAAAAACACAUGAACAGAAACACACACAAAUAGCCAACACAAACAAUUCCAGUGUGGAUGUCUAAUUGAUUGGAGGAAUGAGAACCUGUGACAUGCACUGUCAGUUUUCAUCCAAAUCAAAUUAAAUUCUUUUGUAAACACA